GUUUCAUAUUUUCUUCUCAGAGACAACAUCAACCUGCAACAAGCCAACAGGAAACUAGAGCGAAAAGUGAAGGAGAUGACGAUACAGGUGGACGAUGAGCACAUGUCUAUACAGAACCAGAAAGACCAGCUGAACCAGAGGCUGAAGACUGCGAAGAGACAGAUGGAUGGGGCUGAGCAGGAGAUAGAGCUACUGGAGAACUCGAAGAGGAAGUUACAGAGAGAUCUGGAUGAGCGGAUGGAGACCAAUGAGCAGGUCCUCAGCCAGCUCAACACCCUACGCUCAGAGAUGAGGCGCAAGCAACAGAAAUCAGCACCGCUCCUGAUGAUCCUUAAGGGUGUGGAUGACAUCAACACUGACUGACUUUUAGUACUCCUUGGUGACAUGUUGUCAUGCACUGACUACAGCGUGGUGGGGAAAAAUACAAGCAGUCAAGUCACAUAUAUCCUGAUUCUCACAACGGGUCGGUAAAUCACUGAGGACAUGGGAAUGAAAAGCACUACAGAAGUUUCUCAUUAACGAUAUUUCACCUGUACAACUCAACUGUGGGCUCAACUGGUGAUUUCAUAACCCUUUGCUCUAGACUGACCUCUAGUGGUUAUUCUAAAACUACAGAGUUCCAUGCAGUUCCAGAAGAAAGAUUGCUAAUAAAAAAGAUAUGUUUUUAGUUUUUUUGCUUUUCACCAGGGGCACAACUUUCACUGGGGACGGGGGUACAUGYCCYCCCC